UAAAAAAUGUGACUUUGUGAUACUUUGUAAUGAAAUGUCAGUUUUGAUGAUAAAGUGCACUUUGUGAGGAGGAGUCUCUCAAAUGGUCAAAAAGCUGGUCGACCUGCUGUCUUCUGAUUUGUGAAACCACGUUUGAACAAAUGUAAAGCAUAUAUGUUGUAAUUAUAACGUUUUGUUGUUGUUGUUGUUGUCUAUUCUGCAUUGUUUUAGAAUUCUAAAUGUACUUAAACUCUUCCGCAAAUGAGACUUGCUUGUCAAGAUGGUUUGUCCACCUGAAAGCCGACUGAAGGAACACUUUACUUGUGUGUUCAUGUGGUGACUCGCGCACACACACACACACACGCUGCAGCGUGCACUGUCUGUGCAUAACAAUGUGCACCAUGUUUCUGUCAAACCUUUCCACUGUGCACCAGCAGCCGGGAUGAUCCCUGUAGGCGAGUUCAGACACUUUGGGCCGGAGCAGAAUUCAAAGUUCCGGGUCCUGAAGCCGUGGUGGGACGUCUUCUCCGAAUACCUGUGCAUCGCCAUGCUGAUGAUCGGAGUCUUUGGCUGCACCUUGCAGAUCACCCAAGAUAAGAUUGCUUGUCUGCCCAGUCACUUCACCAGUCCAACAUCCGAGGCGAUCGACUGCAGCUACAUCAGGAACUACAAGGAUAAUGAGACCUGGGAGAGCUCGCUGGUCCAACCUGUGAGCCCCAUCAUCCAAGAGGUGGUUGGCCGCCAGAACAACCUAGACAUCCACCAGUACGUGUUUGUCAACCACUAUUGCUACCAGAGCGCUGUCCACUGGUACGGGAAAUUCUUUCCAUACCUCGUGGUCAUCCACACUAUGAUCUUCAUGGUAGCCAGCAGCUUCUGGUUUAAGUUCCCUGGGACAUCAUCGAAAAUAGACCUUUUUGUCACCAUCCUUGGAAAGUGCUUUGAUUCACCAUGGACUACGAGAGCACUGAGUAAGGUUUCUGAGGAACGGGGAGAGGAGAAUUUGAUUAUUUUGAGGAAAAAAACCAUGUCAAAACCUCCAGAGCGACGGGCAGGGGAGGAGGAAACAACAGGUCUCCUUCGGUCCUCCUCUGUUAAAUCUAACCCCGACAAGAAAAAUCCAGAUCCUCAGCCUGCUCCCUCAGUCCUGGAUAAGAAGGAAGGUGAGCAGGCAAAAGCUUUAUUUGAGAAGGUGAAGAAGUUGAGGACUCACGUGGAGGAGGCGGACAUCCUGUAUAUAAUGUAUGUGCUCCAAACAUCAAUAAAAGUUUUCAAGUUCCUUUUAGUCACAAUCUAUAGUGGGGCACUGGUUCCUAAUAUUGAGAUUGUGGUACGCUGUUUGGUUCCUCCAGAACUGACAGGUUUUGAUAUCUACUGUUGUAACUACAACAAGGCCCAUCUUUUCUCAAAGCUUGCCUACUGCUAUAUCUGCUUUGUAGGCAUUUAUGGACUUAUGUGCAUCUACACCCUAUAUUGGCUGUUUCAUCGACCACUGAAAGAGUACUCCUUUGAGCAUGUUAGACUUGAGACGGGUAUUAACGACAUACCGGACGUGAAGAAUGACUUCGCUUUCCUCCUACACCUCGUAGACCAAUAUGAUGCUCUUUAUUCCAAAAGAUUUGCUGUCUUCCUUUCUGAAGUCAGUGAAAGUCAUCUCCGGCAGGUCAAUCUCAACCAUGAGUGGACUGAGAAAAAGCUCAGAGCCCGUCUUUCCCGGAAUAUCAGCAACCGUUUGGAGCUCCACCUCUUUAUGUUGCCAGGGCUCCCCGACACCGUGUUUGAGAUUACUGAAGUGGAGUCGCUCAAACUGGAGUUCAUCACGAAUGUCACAAUUUCGGGUAACGUGGCCCAGCUUGCUUCUCUUCAGGAGUUAAAACUGGUGCACUGCCCUGCCAAGCUCCAGGUAGCUGCCCUAAACUAUCUUAAGGAUAAUUUAAAGGUUUUGUGGCUGACUUUUGAAAGUUUAGAACAGCUGCCUCUAUGGAUGUAUACCCUGCAUUGCCUAGAAGAGUUGCACCUUACUGGGCCUUUGUCUAACGAGAUAUCCCGAAGUGCCAUGUUGGAAUCCCUUCGUGAGCUUAAAGCUCUGAGAAUCCUCACGCUCCGCUCCAGCCUAAAUAAGAUCCCACCCAGUGUGGUGGAUGUUGGAUCACAGCUUCAGCGUCUUUGCAUCUAUAAUGAAGGAGCCAAACUCCAAGCUUUUAGCAGCCUGAAGAAGCUGACCAGUCUAAUCUCCUUGGAAUUGGUGGGUUGUGACUUGGAGCGCAUCCCAAGUGCUCUCUUCAGCCUGGACAAGAUCCAGGAGUUAGACUUAAAGGAAAACAAGCUGACCACAGUGGAAGAGAUUCUGAGCCUUCAGCACUGCCGGCGUUUGGUGACACUCCGGUUGUGGCAUAACAAAAUCUCUUACAUUCCUGAGCACAUCAGUAAACUGCACUCAUUGGAGACCGUGGAUGUUAGCUGGAACAAGCUCUCCAGUCUUCCCCCAAAGAUGUGCUAUUGUACCAAGCUCCGGCACCUCGACGUGUCCCACAACAACCUCAGCACGCUCCCCCCUGAGGUGGGCAUCCUGCAGAGCCUCCAGUUUUUCUCAGCUGCUUUCAACCACUUGGAGACUUUGCCAGAUGAGCUCUUCUCCUGUAAAAGGCUAAAGACACUGGCUCUCAGCAACAACUGCCUUUCGACUCUUAGCCCAAGAGUGUCCUGUCUGACCCGGCUGGUUCGUUUAGAAAUCAGUGGGAAUCGCCUGGAGUCUUUACCUGUAGAAAUCGGGGACUGUCCCUUACUCAAACUUAGUGGAGUCAUAGUCGAGGACAGUUUGGUGGAUCUACUGCCAGCAGAUGUACAAAACAAAAUGACUGAAAGCUAAAUUUGUAGAAAUGUAAGGAUUGUUGUGUACUUACAUUUUUCAGUAUAUCAGGAUGAACAAUGGAGCACAGACAUACAAACUAUUUAUAGACUGUUUAUCAUUUCCAGUAGGUGGCAUUGUCCAUAUUACAAAAAAAAAAGGGGGGGGGGCGCAAAAUAAUACAGCUAAAAUCUACUUGAAUUUAUUUAAAUGUGAUCAUACAAAAUCAAAUGAAAAUUCAACUUGCACUUUUACCUGUAUUAAUAAGUGUUACCUCAACCAAGGAAGUCAUGUUUUCUUCGGUGUUAGAAUUAGUAAUUGGUAAUUACUUCUAUCUAUAUCUUCUAUAUAAAGAUAAUUUUUGAAGCAGAUCUAAAUAAAGGGAUUUUGUUUUUUUAAUUGUGGGGGGCGGGGGGGGUACUUGUUCAGUGUGAGCAGUUCAAGCAUUAGCGGCGCUAUGCAUGCUCCAAGUACUUGUUCCACCUUUUUGUGUCUGAUUUGUCAGUAUAUCUCAAAAUGACAGAAUUUAAUUGGUGAAGAUUAAAUUAAAAGAUUAGAAGAUUGGAUUAAAUUGGCUUUUGAUGAUUUUGAGGGGUGAAUCUUUCUUGGGGUCUUUGAGCUUUGAUCCACGAUGACGAUUCCUUUGGUCUUGAUCCUGCCUUUUGAUACAUUGUUGUAAUACCUUUGAUCCUGAUCAAUGGGGGAGAUGCUGACCUUCUUGAUCCUGAUUGCUUUUGUCCCCAUUCAAACUUUGACCUGAUUCUGUUGAUCAUGAUUGCAGGAUCAGAGCAAUCAGAAUCUAAAUAGUGGAUAUCACAAUAAAGGAUUAGCAACCCAGAUCAGAGGUCACUGAUCAGGGACAAAAGUCAACAUCAAAGCUCAGGGAUCAGGAUAAAAUAAUGUUAGCGAAGAUUAAAAGAAACAAAAACGAAAGUGUUAACUGACACAAAAACUGAUGGACUUUGGCAGAGGUGUUCAAUCUCCAAGUGCUGUUCUAGUAACAAAGUGUUAACAUUUAUAAGCAGUUUGUUAUUUUUAUAUAAAAACUUUGCUGUUUUUUUAUGCUGUAGGAGGAGAGAAUGGUAAUGAUUUAAUAAAAAAAAUAAAUCCAACAUCAUUAUUAUUAUGUACAUUUUUUAAUGGGCUUCACAUUGUGACAGACUGGUCUUUUUCCUGAGGCUGGUACUUUAUGAAUAUUUUGUGAAUUCUUCUUUUGUUUUUUACCCCCACGACAUUUUGGCUCAUGUUGCUCCCUUUGAGCCAUGACAAAAGUGGUGGAAGAAAAAGCCUUUCAGUGUUCAAAUAAUGGAUAUGCAUCUCUCAGUUUACAUAUUCAGCCAAAUGAAGAGAGUGAACAGUGGCUCAAAAAUCAGAUGGAUAUCAGGUGCACACAAUAUAACAAUCAGCGGGAAGAGUAAGAGGACUUUCCCGAGGAGAAGGAAGGGUGGCAUGAGCUGCGUGGUCUACUGCCACCAUGACACAGACACACAUAAGUGGCAGAAAAUGAUGAUGAUAAUAAUGAUGAUAACAUGAGAGAGAUAGAAAACUAAUUCCCCCCCCAUGAGGUUAUGUUACAUGUUGACGGGUGAUUUUAGAGUUUUAUUUGACGUGCAACUUAUAGAAAUUAACAUAAUCCUACAACUGUAUAUUUGCUUUUAGCCACCUCAGCGCCAACCUGUUGAACCCAGCAGCAUGUCAUUUAGAUAUAACAUUUAAAGGUGCCUUAUUUGCAGUGGCCAAAUUAACAUAGCGUUAGCAAAUGCUGGAAACACCUGCAUCAAUUCAACAACGGGUAGUUGCAUAAAAAAAUAUAAAAUCUUGCAAAUUGGAAAAUACUCUUACUAACUCAGAGAACACAAUUGCAUAUAACCUUCAACACCUGCAACAAUUUAAGUUGAUACCGCAUCUGCUA